AUGGGCUCCGUGUUACCCGCAGAACCCCUGAAGCCUGGAUUUAAGUGUCCAGGGCGCGCUCUGUCGGACGUCAUCACCUCCGACAUCCUGCACAGCUUCCUCUACGGCCGCUGGAGGAACGUCCUGGGGGAACACCUGGGAGAGGACCGCAGGGAAAGCAGCCCCAGGACCGCCUUCACCGCGGAGGUGCUGGCCCAGUCCUUCGCUGGAGAGGUGCAGAAGCUGUCCAGCCUGGUGCUGCCCACGGAGGUGAUCAUCGCGCAGAGCUCCAUCCCGGGAGAAGGCCUCGGGAUCUUCUCCAAGACCUGGAUCAAAGCCGGGACCGAGAUGGGCCCGUUCACCGGGAGGGUCCUGUCCCCGGAGCACGUGGACCUGCUGAAGAACAACAACCUGAUGUGGGAGGUGUUUAACGAGGACGGCACGGUGCGGUUCUUCAUCGACGCUAGUGAGGAAGACCACCGCAGCUGGAUGACCUACAUCAAGUGCGCUCGCAACGAGCAGGAGCAAAAUCUGGAGGUGCUGCAGGUCGGCAGCAGCAUCUUCUACAGGGCUGUGGAGACGAUUCCUCCCGACCAGGAGCUGCUCGUGUGGUACGGAAACAGCCAGAACACGUUCCUCGGGAUCCCAGGGGUCCCGGGAACAGAAGAGGAGCCCCAGAAGAAGAGCAAACAUGACGAACACCCGUGUGAGGGCGCCUCCUGCUCGCCCUCGUCCACCUCCUCCGCCUCCUCCGCGGGCCGCAUGCGCUGCGUCAUCUGCCACCGUGGGUUCAACUCCCGCAGCAACCUUCGCUCGCACAUGCGCAUCCACACCCUGGACAAGCCUUUCGUCUGCCGCUUCUGCAACCGCCGCUUCAGCCAGUCCUCCACGCUCCGGAACCACGUCCGUCUGCACACCGGGGAGCGGCCCUACAAGUGCCACGUCUGCCAGAGCGCCUACUCGCAGCUGGCCGGGCUCCGGGCGCACCAGAAGAGCGCCCGCCACAAGCCGCAGGCGUCAGGCAACGACGGGGCCCCCCAGGGCCCCCCCACCCCCCCGCAGAUGUCCCACCACCAGAUGCCGCUCGUGCACCACAUCCCCACGAUGGUGUUGUAG